AUGACUGCAGAAGCGCAGCAGGCUCUGUCCUCUCAGCCCCCUCCUCCUCCGGCGCACAGCAGCUACGGCCCCAUGUCCUCCGUGGCCGAGAAGCAGCCGCAGAGCUCGGCCAUGGACGCCGCCCCCGGGGCCCCCCCCGGGCCGGCCGGCAGCGCUGCGGGCAGCGGCGGAGCGGCGGGCGGCGGCGGCGGUCCUAAAGCGAAGAAAACGAACGCGGGGAUCCGGCGGCCGGAGAAGCCGCCCUAUUCCUACAUCGCCCUCAUCGUCAUGGCCAUCCAGAGCUCGCCCUCCAAGCGGCUGACCCUGAGCGAGAUCUACCAGUUCUUGCAGAGCCGCUUCCCUUUCUUCCGCGGCUCCUACCAGGGCUGGAAAAACUCGGUGCGCCACAACCUCUCGCUCAACGAGUGCUUCAUCAAGCUGCCCAAAGGGCUGGGCCGCCCGGGCAAGGGCCACUACUGGACCAUCGACCCCGCCAGCGAGUUCAUGUUCGAGGAGGGCUCGUUCCGCCGCCGGCCCCGAGGCUUCAGGAGGAAAUGCCAGGCGCUGAAACCCAUGUACAGCAUGAUGAACGGGCUCAGCUUCAACCACCUCCCCGACAGCUACAGCUUCCAGGGCUCGGCCGGAGGGCUCUCGUGCCCCCCCAACAGCCUCUCCCUCGAGGGGGGCUUGGGCAUGAUGAACGGCCACUUGGCCGGCAACGUGGACGGGAUGGGGCUGGCCGGCCACUCCGUGCCCCACCUGCCCGCUAACGGCGGGCACUCCUACAUGGGCGGCUGCACCGGCUCCUCGGCGGGCGAAUACCCGCACCACGACGGCUCCGUGCCGGCCUCCCCGCUGCUCGCCGGCGGCGGCGUGAUGGAGCCGCACUCGGUCUACUCCAGCUCGGCCUCGGCUUGGGCUCCCUCCGCUUCGGCCGCCUUGAACACGGGAGCUUCCUACAUCAAGCAGCAGCCGCUGUCGCCCUGCAACCCCACGGCCAACCCGCUCUCCUCCAGCCUUUCCACGCACUCCCUCGACCAGUCCUACCUGCACCAGAACAGCCACAACACCGCCGAGCUGCAAGGCAUCCCGCGGUAUCACUCCCAGUCUCCGAGCAUGUGCGACAGAAAGGAAUUCGUCUUCUCUUUCAACGCCAUGGCCUCCUCCUCCAUGCAUUCGGCGGGCAGCGGCUCCUAUUACCACCAACAAGUGACAUACCAGGACAUCAAGCCGUGCGUUAUGUGA